AUUACUACAGAUACAGCCAAUACUAAUGCUAAUACUAAUUCGAUGCCUAGCCUACAAAUGUGGAUCUCCUGCGACGUAAUACAGAUGGACUAGUCACUAGGACAGGCCUUGCUAAUGUGUGUGAGACACUUCUGCUUGGUCUAGUAAUGAAUUAUUUGUAAUGUCACUGACGACAAUGCAUGCAUACACCAUACAUAAAAAUGACAAUCAGUGACUAUUUAACCUUUUUCCCCAUUACGGGUAGGUCACAUACAUGACCUACUUAUUUACUUUCUUACUGUUACCAUAAUAGCAUAUUAUUUUGUUGUAUUUUUCAGGUGAAAGGAAACUACUGAAGAAAGAUGCUGUUCCAACCAUAUUCCAGUUCAAGACGCCAUCAUCAAUGUCACAAUCGACUGAUCGUCAAGAGAGGGUACUCAAACGCCGUAGACUGUUUGACAUGAAUAUUGAAAAUGUCGGAGAUGAGGUACAAAUAUCUACAAAUGAGAAUGAUGGAGUCGACUUGGAGACUAUAGAGGAAGAACGCUUUGCAAGUCAGCAUGUUCAGUGUGAACUUAUAAGCGACAGCGAUACACGUAUGUCAGUGAAGAAAUUUGAUAACAACCCAGAUGCCAUAAACUUUUAUACAGGUUUCGAUGAUUAUGAACAUUUUAAAUUUGUGUUUAAUGUGUUGGGACCAGCAGUGGAUCACUUAAAUUCCUGUAACGACUGUAAAUUAGAGCCUGUAGAUCAGUUUUUUGUCACACUGAUUAAAUUACGAUUAGCCAAAGAGGACCUCGAGCUCUCAUUUAUGUUUAAUAUUAGCCCACGUACUGUUGGGUCGAUAUUCAAUACAUGGGUAAAAUUUAUGUACUAUCAAUUCAAGGAGAUCGACAUCUGGCCAUCGAAGGAAAAUGUUCUCCAGUACAUGCCCAAAAAUUUUGGAAGACAGUUUAUGUCGACGAGAGUCAUACUAGACGCCACCGAGGUACCUAUUAUGAAACCCUCAAAUGUUACGUCCCAGUCGGCAACAUUCUCGACUUAUAAAAACAAAAAUACGCUAAAAACCAUGAUUGGAAUUACCCCAAAAGGGCUCGUGUCCUAUAUUAGUGACAGUUAUGGUGGAAGCUCAUCUGAUCGACAAAUCAUUGAAAGAUCCCCCUUAGUUACAGAAAAGGGUAAAUAUUUUGAAGGAGGCGAUUCCAUUAUGUCUGACAGG